AUGUCGAUUUACCUUCAGCGUCUCAAGUGGGGCGUCUUUCCUAAACGGCGGAUUGUUGACGAAGACACGGCUGGCUUACAACUGCCUGAAUCCCAAGAAGAAUUAAGCGUGGACACCAAGGAGGAUUUAAAACUACUGUCAGCUGAACACCAGAAACUUGAGUACCGUACAGAGAAGGGUCGUCCAUGGUACAAGUUCUUUGACGAGUAUGAGUACCGAGUGAAUAAGUAUGUGAGAAAAAACCGCAAAUGGUAUCACUGGUUUCACGACAAUGAUACCCCUGCUGAACGUAAAGUCAUCUUAAAGGUGGACUUGCUUUUAACAUGCUACUCACUUGUUGCCUAUCUCAUCAAAUACUUGGAUCAGUCCAAUUUGAACUCAGCUUACAUUGGUGGGCUCAAGGAAGGCAUCAACAUGACAGGAAAUGAUUUAGUUGAGGUUCAAUCAAUGUUCACUAUCGGCAACAUCGUGUUUCAGAUCCCAUUUAUCUACAUUAUGUAUGCCUGGCCACUCAAUUAUGUCAUUCCAGCCGUUGAUAUCACCUGGUCGAUUCUUACGGUGUGUACUUAUCGAGUCACCCUGGUUGGAGGGUUAAAAGCUAUUCGAUUCUUCAUUGGGGCAGCCGAAGCUCCUCUGUACUUGGCUUACAUGGCUUUGUUUGGCCUGUGGUUCAAACUGAGCACAGGCGAAGUUACCCGACGUGCUGGGUUCUAUUAUAUGGGUCAGUAUUUGGGUGUGUUAACAUCGGGGUUAAUUUCAGGGGCUAUUGAACGUCAUCUCGAUGGAGUUAAUGGCUUAAAAGCGUGGCAAUGGAUUUUCAUUGUGGAUGGGAUCGUAUCAGCUUUCGUUGGUAUUGUUGGUAUGUACAUGAUUCCGGGAACGCCUACGGAUUGCUAUUCGAUCUUCUUGUCUGAUGACGAUAUUCGAAUUGCACGGAAGCGAAUGAAGGAUGACGGAAAAGAUGCUCCUCCUCAAAAGGACGCCGGGAAGCUUAUCUUCGAUUGGCGUACGUGGAAGACGGUUCUUUCCUCGUGGCACGUGUACGUUCUCAGUAUCUGGGACAUCUUACUUUGGAACAAUAGUAACGCGACGCUGGGUUCGUAUUCCCUCUGGCUUAAGUCUCUCACCAAAGCUGACGGGUCACCCAGGUUUGCUCAAGGUCCACUUCAAGAUUAUACAGCCUUGACUCCAGCUUUGGGUAUGUUCUAUUUGAUAUUGACAUGCUCUAUAGCAGAUUGGGCUUCAUCCAGAUGGGGUGCAAUUGUGUUCUCUCAAGUGUUUAACAUUUUGGGAAAUGUUCUUCUUGCAGUAUGGAACAUCCCUGAGGGAGCGAAGUGGUUUGCCUUUUGUCUCCAGUACUUUGGAUGGGUAAUGGCUCCUUGUAUGUUUUCAUGGCAGGGGGAUAUGGUUCGCUUUGAUGUUAUCCAACGAUAUAUUUGUAUUGUGAUUAUGAACAUCAUGGGCCAACAGCUGUCGGCAUGGAUCUCAUUACUUGUAUGGAAAACGGUGGAGUCUCCGCGCUAUCUCAAAGGGUAUUCGCUUACCGCUGCUCUGGCGUUUGCUCUGAUUGUGUGGACGAUUCUCAUUCUCUACCUUUACAAAAGGCAAGAGCGUAAGAACGCUCGAUCGAACGGGAUUGUGCUUUAUAACCCAGACGACCCGGAUACAAUUCCCCAAGAGGUGGUCGAUACAACCGAUGUGCCUGCUUUGUUUGAGUCUGCUCACGAUGAGAAAGCAAGUAUCAAAGCGACAGUGGUUGCCAAUGAGACUUCGGUAACCGACUCAGGUUCCGAAUUAUGA